UUUUAGUUCCUUGCGCGAUUGCACCAUAAAUGUAUCGGCUGCGUCAGGUCUAACGCGGAUUUGAAAUGAAUGCACAGUGGCCGGAGAUGGACGGCCAGAAGUUCUGCCUCAAGUGGGAUGGCUUCCAGGGCAGCGUGACAUCCCUGUUUGACCAGCUGCGGCUGGGCCAGGAGCUGGUGGACAUCACGCUCUGCUGCGAGGGCCAGCAGGUGCGCGCGCACCGCCUGGUACUCUCAGCCUGCAGCCCCUACUUCCGCGACCUGCUCAAGAACAACCCGUGUCAGCACAUGCUGCUAUUCCUGAAGGACACAUCUCCUGCCGACCUACGGGCCAUCAUCGAGUUCAUGUACAAGGGCAGCGUCAACGUGGCGCAGAGCCAGCUGGCCAGCUUCAUCAAGACGGCGGAGAUGCUGCAGAUCAGGGGCCUGAGCGGCGACGACGAGAAGCCGCCGCCCGGGAGCAGGAGCAGGAGCCGCCCCCCGCUGAAACUGGAGCCGGAGGAACUGGCGACGGCGGACGCCAGCCUGGACGCUACGCUCGGCUACGUGGCCGAGUUCGAGGGCGGCUACGGCCUGCCGGAGCGGCCGCCUGCCGACGCGCUGCCGGCGGCGGGACCCUCUCAGCGGCUGAGCGAGGACGGCAGCACCCCAGGUACGUCGCUGGCGCUGCCGUCGUCUCACGACGGGCGGCUUGGACCGUGCCGGCGCCCCCCCCCCCCCCCCCGGGCCGCCCUCUGA